UUUUUUUCAAAUAUUAUAAAAUCAUUUAUAAUAGCUUCUGUCUAUAUUUUUUUAAGUUUUCAAUAUCAAGAUCUGUACAACCAUCCGCAUAGAUAUUGUCAUGAAAUUAAUGUUCAACCCCUUUUCGCGUACUUUUUUAUUGCAAAAUUUUCUUAUAUUUAAUAAAAUACAAUGUGCCACAGUUGCUUAUCAAUUCAAGGUUAACAAACCCAUCUAUUAUCCAAAUCGUCAAAUGGAAAUGCAACGCAUGGAAGAACAACAAAAGUCUCAAUUGGUUGCCGAGCCCGAGGAGAACAAACAAUUGCCUAAAGAUUACUAUUACAAGGUUUUGGGUGUUCCUAAGACGGCCUCGUUGCAACAAAUCAAGGCAGCGUAUUAUGCUUUAGCAAAACGUUAUCAUCCGGACUUGUUGAAUUUGGAAAAUGCUCCACAACAAGUAUCGAAACGUUUUCAAGAAAUAUCGAAUGCCUACAAUGUAUUAACAGACGAAUCGACUCGUCUAGAAUAUGACGAAUUGGGUGAGAUCAAAGAUGAGGAGUCGUUUUUUAAUAAAGUUUCCAAGUCUGGCAAUAAACUAUUGAAUACUACAACGAACAAAUUAAAAGAAUUUAUGGGAUUCACAGAUACGAAUACACUAAUGAAUGCAUCAAAAAAUGAAGCUACUCCUCAAAUAAACAACAACAUUGAGCAAAAACUCGAUAUAACAUUUAUCGAGUCGGUGCAUGGUGUAAAAAGGAAUAUAGAAUUUGCGUAUUUGAAAAAAUGUCCCUCCUGCAAUGGCAAGUCACAACGCCUGGUCGGCCGUACAAAUUCAGAACUAUGUCGCAAAUGUAAUGGAAGUGGACAAUUGUCCAAGAAGACGGCCACAUACACAUCUCUGACUGUUUGCGAUCAGUGUCAAGGAAAGCGUUAUAUUAAUCGCAACCAGUGCGAAUUGUGCGAUAGUCGUGGCUUAGUCCAAGAGUCGACCAGAGUAACGGUUCACGUACCAGCCGGUGUUAAGACAGGAGAUGUUAUUUCAGGCGAGAAUCCCAAUACCAAGCAACGUAUUAACUAUCGUUUACAAGUCAAAGAGUCCGAUUAUUAUAAACGUGUGGGUAAUAAUGUAGUAACGGAAAGGUACUUGAAUCUUACAGAAGCUAUUUUGGGUGCCUGCAUUAAGGUGCGUGGCAUAUAUGAUACAUUUGAUGUUAAAAUUGAACCCGGCACCGAGUCACACACAAAGAUAACCGUUAAAGGCCGUGGUAUUAAGGGCAGAGAUAAUGUGGGUGAUCACAUAGUUACCAUAAAAGUACGUAUACCGCGUCAAUUGACCAUGAAACAAAGGCAAUUGAUAUUGGCUCUGGCCAAAACCGAAGAUCAAACAUUUGAACGGGGAUUUUAAUUUUUCUCCAACAGUCGACUUUCACCAUUCGAAAUUAUUGUAACACGUAAACAACACUCAAUUUGUUUUUAACCAAAAAUAUAUGUGUUUUUAUAAAUAUUAAGAUUAAUUUCAAUACAUUUUGUAUACAUACAAAAUAAAUUCAAGUUUUAAUAAAAUAAACUUACGUUUUUGAUAUUUAUGCCCCACUGUGAGUCGGACCAUCUUUCACGC